UCGCAAAGCCUGGCCCGCCUUCCCGCCGCGGCCAGGCGCGCGCGGCUGCGCCUACCCGGCGGGUGAUUUGGAGAGCAGCAAUGGCAUUGACUGGGCAGGAGGAAUAUACCUAUAUAUAUAAAGACCUUUCUCAUCCUGUGGAGUUCUUACAUGCGUUCAGAACAUUCUACCUGGAUGGCUUAUUUACUGAUAUUACUCUUCAGUGUGCUUCGGGUGUGAUUUUCCAUUGCCAUAAGGCUGUGCUGGCUGCUUGUAGCAACUACUUUAAGGCAAUGUUCACUUCUGACAUGAAAGAGAAGUCUAAGAACCAGAUCAGCCUUUCGGGGCUCAGUCCCACCAUUCUGGAAUCCCUGGUGAUCUAUACCUACACAUCGGAGAUUCAGAUAACAAAAAGAAAUGUUCAAAGCCUCCUUCAAGCUGCUGAUCUCCUCCAGUUUACCUCAGUAAAGAAAGCCUGUGAAAAGUUUCUGGUAAGGCACUUGGAUGUCGACAACUGCCUAGGAAUGCACUCCUUUGCAGAAUACCAUGUCUGUUCAGAGCUAGAGAAGGAGUCUAGAAGGAUAUUAUUAUCUAGAUUUGAAGAAGUAUGGAAGCAGGAAGAGUUUCUGGAAAUCAGCAGCGAGAAACUUCAGUUUAUUCUCUCCAGAAACAAUCUCAGCAUUUGGAAAGAAGAUGCAGCAAUAGAGCCAAUUAUUAAGUGGAUAUCUUAUGAUGUGGACAAAAGAACUGAGUACAUUUAUGAUCUGCUGAGCUGCCUUGAAAUGGCUUUAGACGAAAUGUAUUUGAGGUCAGCCUUAAGCGUGUACAAGAAAUGCCGGUUAAAUGAAAACAAGAUCAGGUCUCUAAUACACAAUGCGCUAAGCCAUAACCCCAAAGCUGCCUCUAAAAGGUCGACAGCUGUUAUGUAUGUAAUUGGAGGAUAUUACUGGCAUCCUUUAUCUGAGGUGCAUACAUGGGAUCCUGUCACCAAUACAUGGAUACAGGGUGCAGAUAUGCCGGACCAUGCGAGGGAAAGUUAUGCAGUCACUAGUUUGGGACCCAACAUUUAUGUAACAGGGGGAUAUAGAACAGACAAUAUAGAAGCCCUUGAUAAAGUGUGGAUAUACAACUGUGAAGCUGAUGAAUGGAGUGAAGGCUGUCCUAUGCUUAAUGCAAGGUACUAUCACUGUGCAGUUACCUUGAAUGGCUGCAUCUAUGCUUUAGGGGGUUACAGAGGAGGAGCUCCAACUAAAGAAGCAGAACUCUAUGAUCCUUUAAAAAAGAAAUGGGUCCCCAUUGCAGACAUGAUCAAAGGGGUUGGAAAUGCCACUGCCUGUGUCCUGAAUGAAGUAAUCCAUGUCACCGGAGGUCACUAUGGUUACCGGGGAAGCUGCACUUAUGACAAAAUUCAGAGCUAUCACCUAGACAUUAACGAAUGGAGCACAAUCACCACCAGCCCACACCCAGAAUAUGGAUUGUGCUCCAUUGCACUGGAAAACAAGCUGUAUCUUGUGGGUGGACAAACGACAAUCACAGACUGUUAUGAUCCAGAGCAAAAAGAAUGGAAACAGAAGGCUGAUAUGAUGGAAAGAAGAAUGGAGUGUGGCUCUGUCGUCAUGAACGGAUUCAUCUAUGUAACGGGAGGUUAUUCAUCCUCGAAAGGAUCGUAUUUGCAAAACAUUGAAAAAUACGAUCCUGAAUGUGAUAAAUGGGAAAUCGUGGGCAAUCUUCCCAGUGCAAUGCGUUCACACGGCUGCGUCUGUGUGUACAAUGUAUAAGAGGAGGGGAAUACCAUUUUUGUGAAACGGAACUGCUAAAUGCCAGGAAAGUCUAGAACUGGAGGACACGACCACCUAAUGGUGGGAUUUUUGCCUAUUCAUUGUGUAACACUUCCUAGUUUGGUUUCUGUUGGAUUUUGUAGUUUCAAAGGGAAAGCAGGCCUUGAUUCUUUGUCCUUGAAUGGUGUGAUACAACCAACAAUCUUUUGCCCCAAGUACUAACCUGAUCCCAAUCUACAUGGCAUCUCUUCCAUUCUAGACUUCAGUGAAGACUUCAGUAUUUCACUACACCAAGCAACAGCUUCCCCUCACCCAAAUGAACAUGAAUUCUGGUCAAAUCAAAAGUUUGCUUGUUACUUUAAUGUAUCCUAACAAAAUCGUUAUGCUGCUUGCUUUGGAUUUCUUUAAUACUACUUAUGAUUUUUAUAAACAACAAUAAUAAAAACAUUGCAAUAUAUGGAAAACAUGAAUAAAACAGCA